AUGGUCGGACUUGUUUCGGCCGGAGGUCUGGUCGGCUUCCUGUCCGAGCCAGACCCAGAGCUCAAGGUCUUCGCCCUGAAGUCAUUAGAUUCGCAGAUCGACCUGCUUUGGACAGAAGUCGUGAAUGCUGUCCCGGAGAUCGAGGCUCUCUACGAAGAUGAAUCAUUUCCUGAGCGUGAACUGGCUGCUUUGGUCGCCUCAAAGGUAUAUUAUCAUCUGCAAGAAUAUAAUGAAAGUAUGGUGCUGGCCCUGGGUGCGGGCAAGCUGUUCAAGCUGGAUAGCGGUGGCGAGUACGAGGAGACCAUCAUCGCGAAAUGCGUCGAUACUUUCAUCUCAUUAUCCGCUGCCCAGCGACGCAGCGCCGGUGACCAGUCCGCCAACCUGAACAACUCCUUCGCAGCCUCUGGCGAUGGCGCCACGAGCACUUCCGCCAGCUUAACAUCCCCGAUCACACCCUUCUCCAAGUCCACCUUGCCGUCCAAGUCUUUGCUGUCUCGCCAGGAGGUCCCUGGCAUCGACGCUGCGCACCCCGGAGGCGACGACGCGAGUGUCCAGCACGAAGAAACACCUCUUGUGUUGAAGCGUGGUGUUCAGGGCCAACUACAGGCUGUGAUUGAGCGACUAUUCGAAGAGUGCUUCCGUCAAAAACGAUACCGUCAAGUGAUUGGAAUCGCAAUCGAGGCGAAGAGCUUGGAAGUGCUCCGUAUGGCUAUUCUCCGUGCUAGUAAUGAUGAGAAGAAGCAGCAGGGUGAAUUCCGUCGGAGCGAAGAGCUUAUGGAGUAUGUUCUUGACAUUUGCAUGGGCAUUGUCCAGGAACGGGCCCUCCGCAAUGAGAUCUUGAAACUUAUCCUUGAUCUGCUCAACGAGAUCCCCGCUCCCGAUUAUUUCUCCAUUGCCAAGUGUGUUGUCUACCUGAACGAGCACUCAAUGGCAUCCGUCAUCCUUCGCCAGCUGGUCGAGAAGGGCGACGCGCGCUCUCUCGCGGUUGCCUACCAAAUUUCGUUCGACCUUUAUGAUAAUAGUACACAGGAGUUCCUCCAAAAGGUUCGCCAGGAGAUUGCGGAAUUGGUACCUGAGGAUGAUGCGAAGAAGGACGAGAACGGCGAGCCGACCGAGUCUGACCGUUUGCUCGAUGAUCAGGACAGCUCUUCUGGCCCAUCCGGAGAACAGAAGCUUUCUGAUGAAUCUCGCAUUGCAUACAAGAAUAUCUUGAAGAUUCUGGAUGGCCUCAAAUCUAUCGAGCUGAAUUUGGAAUUCCUCUACCAAAAUAACAAGACUGAUAUGGCUAUUUUGGACAAGGUUCGUGAUAGCCUCGAGGCACGGAAUUCCAUUUUCCACACCGCUGUCACUAUUACGAAUGCCUUCAUGCACGCAGGAACCACCCGCGACAAGUUCUUCCGGGAUAACCUGGAGUGGCUUGGCAAGGCUGUUAACUGGUCUAAGUUCACUGCCACCGCUGCCCUCGGUGUCAUCCAUCGCGGAAACAUCAACCAGGGUCGGCAGUUGCUCGAGCCAUAUCUCCCUAAGGAGCAGAUUGCUGGUGUGGGUGGCAGCGCAAACUCAGUGUACAGCAUGGGUGGUUCUCUAUACGCCUACGGUCUGAUUUAUGCUAACCAUGGCGGCAUGGCCGUUGACAUCAUCCGUGACUACUUUAAGAACGCAUCAGAGGAGGUUGUACAGCAUGGUGGAGCCCUUGGCCUCGGUGUUGCUGGAAUGGCGACUGGGGACGAGGGUAUCUACGAAGAUCUACGCAACGUCCUUUAUACCGACUCAGCGCUCAAUGGUGAAGCUGUUGGCCUGGCUAUGGGUCUGGUCAUGCUGGGCACGGGCAACAUGAAGGCUUUGGAGGAUAUGAUUCAAUAUGCCCACGAUACCCAACACGAGAAAAUAGUGCGGGGUCUGGCUAUGGGUAUGGCCUUGAUUAUGUACGGACGCCAGGAAGCCGCUGACGAGCUCAUCAAUGGUCUGCUCGGCGAUCCUGACCCCACUCUGCGCUAUGGUGGUAUCAUGACCAUUGCCUUGGCCUACUGUGGCAGUGGAAGCAACAAGGCAGUUCGAAAGCUCCUUCACGUUGCUGUAAGCGAUGUCAACGAUGAUGUGCGCCGCGUUGCAGUGUUGAGUCUGGGGUUCAUCUUGUUCCGGAAGCAUCAGAGCGUGCCGCGCAUGGUGGAGCUGCUCUCUGAGUCCUACAACCCUCAUGUUCGUUAUGGCGCUGCUAUGGCCCUCGGUAUCUCUUGCGCUGGAACUGGAUUGGACGAGGCCAUUGAUCUUUUGGAGCCGAUGCUCAAAGACUCGACAGACUUCGUCCGCCAGGGUGCUCUGAUCGCCCUUUCCAUGGUUCUCGUUCAGCAGAAUGAGGCUAUGAACCCUCGUGUUACAAGCCUUCGAAAGGCUAUGUUGAAGAUGAUCGGUGACCGCCACGAGGAUGCUAUGGCGAAGUUCGGCUGUGCUGUAGCUCUCGGUAUUAUUGAUGCUGGUGGUCGCAACUGCACCAUCAGCCUACAGACUCAGACUGGUAACCUCAACAUGCCUGGUAUCGUCGGUGCCGCAGUUUUUGUGCAGUACUGGUACUGGUUCCCUCUGAGCCACUUCCUGUCGCUCAGCUUUGCUCCCACAUCUGUGAUCGGUGUGGACCAGAAGCUGGAGGCUCCGAAGUUCAAGUUCCAUAGCAACACUCGUCCCAGUCUCUUCGACUACCCACCUGAGCAGCAGGUCAAGGCUGAGGAGGCUCCCGAGAAGGUGAAGACUGCCGUGCUCUCUACCACGGCUCAAGCCAAGCGUCGUGCCCAGCGUCGCGAGAAGCAGGCGCGCCGGGAAAGCAUGGAUCUUGACCAGACUCAGACUCCUACCACACCUAAAGUGUCAGAGCUGCCAGACAAGAUGGAUGUCGAGGAUAGUGCGGCAGUUGAAGGGGACGAGGGCAAGGAGGCCGAAAAGGCUGCUGAGGGUCAGAAGAAGAAGGCUGAGCGGGAGAAGGUUGGCUAUGAGCUGGACAACAUGUCAAGAGUCUUGCCAGCCCAGCUCAAAUAUCUUACCUUCCCCGAUCCCCGAUAUGAGCCAGUGAAGAGGCCUACUGGUGGUGUUGUGGUCGUCCUCGACAAACAGCCUGACGAGCCUCGCGAAACCAUCGAGCUGGAGGCUAGCCGUCGCAAGGAGGCACUCCCACCGGCCCCCACAGCUGAAACCAUUCAGGACCGCUUGCAAGCUGCUAUCGGUGCUGCGGGCCUGCAGACUCCUCAACGAGGCGCUGCUCGUUCUGCUUUGUCUGACUAUCCUGCCGGUGGUGCGGCCGCGGCGGCUGGUGUCUUGACUGCCGUUGAUGAAGAUGAGGAAGGUGUGGAGGACGCUCCGAUGCCGGACGAGUUCACUUACGAGACGGAGGGCGAGGAAGAGUAG